UUUGAAGCAUAAAUGUGUUUGUUAAGGAAAACGAGGGCACUGAAUGGACGAAGCUUGGUUCAUAAUCUAUAGCUCAAAACUCAAAAGUGGAUCUACAGCCUCCAACUUAGCUCCAAAUUCACAUCGUAACGCAUACGCUAACCUCGAUUCAUUUUCUUCUUCUCUUCCCCUCCACUUUCCCCGUCUUUUUCAUUUCUUUUCAAAUGGGGUUUCCUUCUCCACUGAUUUGAUCUUCCCCACAUCAACGAUCCUUCGUUUCUUGCAGUGAAUCGCAGUCAAGUGGGGUUUCUAGCGCUCCAAUUCGAUUUUCCGGUAAAGGGUUUCUCUCAAUUUUACCCGUUUUGCUUUUUCUUCCUUUGUUCAUCGAUAUGAUUUCGAAUUCUUCUCACAAUACUCAUUCCGAAACUGCCAAAGUAGAGCAAAUUUUAACUGAAUUCUUCCCUAAAACCUUACAAAUUAUACUUGAAUCCAGGUCCCCUUGUAGUAUUUCAUCGCGUAAUUUUAGUGGCGAACAAGUUUUGUCUUCCCCAUCUUCCUCUUCCUCCUCCUCCUCUAGUAUGAGGCCGAGGGAUAAAUGGUUCAAUCUGGCCCUUCGUGAAUGCUCUGCUACGUUAGAGAAUAUUGAUCUCUGGCGUCAGAGCUAUCACGAACCCAUGGUCAUAGAUGUUGUUUUGGUCCAGAGACAAUUUGGUUUGGACUCGGUUGAUGUUUCUCCUAGGAAAGAUCUUGUUAGGAACUUGUCCACGAAGGAGUUUGGAUGUCAGUCCAUGAGUGAAAAGGUUGUCGAGAGAUGGAUGGUGCAUUAUGAAAGUAGGAAGAAUCGGGAUAGUAAUUCAGGUAGCAGAAGGUCGAGUAAUAGCACUGCUCAUACCUAUAAGAAAACCAUUUUACUCUUGAGAUCUUUAUAUGCCCUUUUGAGGCUUUUACCUGCACAUAAGGUUUUUCAGGAUAUUAGUUCAUCUAGUCAAAUUCAUCCCUUUACUCUUUCUCAUCGUGUGUCGUCCUUUGUCGAGCCGUUCUCUCGGAGAGAAGAGGCUGAAAUGCAGCAUUUUGUGUUCACUCCUGUGGAUACUUCUUGUGGUAGACUCUGUCUCUCGGUGUUAUACCGUUCGUCGCUCUCUGAUAUAACCUCUGAACCAUCAACUCCAAUGUCUCCUCAAGUAAUUCCUGAAUAUGUUGGGAGCCCGUUAGCCGAUCCAUUGAAAAGGUUUCCAACGCUCCCUGUAACAAUAGCAACAUCUCAUGGAUCUCCAUCGUCAUUGCCAUUCUCAAGACGACAUAGUUGGAGUUAUGACCGAUGUAGACCCUCCCCCCCAAUCUCGUUUUCUCCUUCACCAACGAAUUCGGAGUCUCAUGCUACAAUUUCAAAUCCAGCCUUUUGUCGUUUGCCUCCUUCAAGCUUGCCUUCACAAAUGGUUAUGGGACAUAAAGAUAAUAUGAAUUAUGAUGAAUAUUAUCGUUCCCCCGUCUUUUCGCCCUCACCACCUAUUGGCAUUCCUGUAAAGCGAUUACCAAACGGUCGAUUGCAAUCUGAAAGCGCUCCUCAAAGUGCACCUACAGCAAAGCUUCCCCAUUCCCCUGCAUUGUUAAGCAGACCGAAUUUGCCACCAUCGCCUCCCCUUAAAGCGUUUGGACCAGGUAUUCCUAGAAUCAAUAGAGAUGUUGGUCCAUUGCAGGCAGGCUCUGCAUUUGGAAAGUCAUCGUCUUUCGGAAGAGAUGAAAGCCGAAGAAUUUCGGGCUGGAGGGUAUCCUCGAAUAACUCACCAAUUUCUAGAAGUCCCAGUACAUCUUUUCCAGAUGAUUUAGAUGAUCCAGAGUUUCCUUGCCCCUUUGAUGAUGAUAAUGAGAUGACAGAUGGAGGUAGCAGACCCGAGUCGUUCGACCCUAAAGGCAGCAGCAAUCUCUGCGACAUGCUCGAACCCAGCGGAUUCUUCCCAAUCCGAAAAUCUCAAGACGCAGCUGUUGGCGCCCUAGUACGUAUGCUUCAAAAGGCUACACCACUUCGCCAAGACUUCACCAAUUCAAGCCCGAAUCUCUCACGACCCCCGACACCUGGUUCCUCAAGCAGCAGAAACAUCCAGCAGCAGGGAACCCAGAUAUGUGAGACGAUAGCGCCUUCAAAGGGUCGGUACGCCGCUUCCUCCAGCAUCACAGCCUCUAAAACUACAGCUGAUGCAUUGGAAGAACUAGAGAGCUACAGAGAGAUGAAGAAUUUGGUGCUGAAGCAAGGUGGAAAGAGUCCCAUAUGAAUGAUCCCAUAUCAUGUUAUGUGCAUGUUUAAAUCAUACAUUCAUUACAUGUACAGUAAUUGAUGUAA